AGGCAGAUCCCGGCCUCGGAUUGGCCGCCCCGCAGCAAGCCCCGCCUCGCUGUGACGUCACUGGGGCUGGCGGUGCUGGCCGCUGGGAGCUGCGGCCGCUCUCGGGCUCGGCUCGCGGGAGAGCGGGGCGCGCGAGGCCCUGAGCGUGGUGCCGUCACGCUGCUGCUCCGCGCCAGGCCUGCUGGGGCGCGCUGCCCACUGCCCCUCCGGGAAGGCGGCUGACAGCCGGCCCGGGAAGGAUCAUGCCUCUGGGUGAGGAUGGGCCGAGCUGGAAGAAGAGAGCCCAGGACAUCCGGGAGAUCUACGAGUUCCGGGAGACCCUGGGCACGGGAGCCUUCUCCGAGGUGGUGCUGGCCGAGGAGAAGACGAGCCGGAAGCUGGUGGCCAUUAAGUGCAUUGCGAAGAAGGCCCUGGAGGGGAAGGAGACCAGCCUGGAGAACGAGAUCGCCGUCCUGCACAAGAUCAAGCACCCCAACAUUGUGGCUUUGGAUGACAUUUACGAGAGUGGGGGUCACCUCUACCUCAUCAUGCAGCUGGUCUCGGGUGGGGAGCUCUUUGAUCGGAUUGUGGAGAAGGGGUUCUACACGGAGCGAGACGCCAGCCAGCUGAUCCGGCAGAUCCUGGACGCUGUGCGGUACCUGCACGACAUGGGCAUUGUGCACCGGGACCUGAAGCCCGAGAAUCUGCUCUAUUACAGCCCGGACCCGGACUCCAAGAUCAUGAUCAGCGACUUCGGGCUGUCAAAGAUUGAGGGCUCUGGCAGCGUCAUGUCCACGGCCUGCGGGACCCCCGGCUAUGUGGCCCCGGAGGUGCUGGCCCAGAAGCCCUACAGCAAGGCUGUGGAUUGCUGGUCCAUUGGUGUCAUCGCCUACAUCCUGCUGUGUGGUUACCCCCCCUUCUAUGACGAGAAUGAUGCGAAGCUCUUUGAGCAGAUCUUGCGGGCCGAGUACGAAUUCGACUCGCCCUACUGGGACGACAUCUCCGAGUCAGCCAAAGAUUUCAUCCAGCACUUAAUGGAGAAGGAUCCCAGCAAGCGCUUCACAUGUGAGCAGGCCCUGCAGCACCCCUGGAUCGCCGGGGACACUGCGCUGGACAAGAACAUCCACCAGUCUGUCAGUGAACAGAUCAAAAAGAACUUCGCCAAGAGCAAGUGGAAAGCGUUGGAGCCAGUCCCCAUUAGCGGCACCCCUUCACAGCCCCCUGUCCUGGUGCAGCAAGCGUUCAAUGCCACUGCCGUGGUGAGACACAUGAGGAAGCUGCAGCUUGGAACCAGCCAGGAAGGACCCGGGCAAACCACUCCACCCAGCCCCUGCGACCUGCUGGAGGCUGGCACCAGCAACGCAGGGUCAGACUCCAGGGGCUGCGACAGGUCGCUGGGGCCCAGCUCUCACUGCCCGCCCCAGGACUGACAGCACCCAGCAUGGCCCUGCCCCGUGGCAGGCUGGGCUCCGAACUUGGGGACGACCUGCCCGGGGUGGGUGGUGGCGCUGGCAUCUCAUUGCUGCAGCUGCCAUGAUCCAAGCCGGGUGACUGGACGCAGGCUGCAGCCCUGGCAGGGCACCGCAGAGAGCUGUCCCGGGCCGGAGCCUCCGCGGGAGACAGCAACCGCAGCUGGCGCUUGAGGCACGGACGCCCCGCUGCAGGGUCCAGGCUAGGAGCCUAGCAUCUCCCCUGGGGCAGAGCCAGGGCCCAGCCUCCCCCCUGGGGCCGCACCUGGGCUGCAGCCCUGGGCCAGGCACACUGACCCCCUAACGUGCUGGGUCUUGCAUGUACUUGCUCACGCCACUGCAGCCCCCUUCCCUCCCUCUCCGCUGUAGGGAGCUGGCGGAGCUGGGGCUCGCACUCCGGCUGGACCCCCAACAAGGGGCCCUGAGCAGGCUACUUGCCUAGCUCUGCUGAGGGGGUGGGGAGGGUAGGGCUUGGUGCAGCCAAGCUGCAGGGUGAGUGGGUGGGGCUGGGGCUGGCCUCUGCUGUGGAACAAGGGGCCUGGUUCACCUAGCUGCAGCCCCCAUUCCUGCCCCCCACACCUGUGUCCCCAGCCCCUUCCCGCAUGUUCAAGCAGAAUUUCCACGCAAGGCUGUUUCUACAUUGACGCUUGUAUUAAAGGAAAGCAGUGAAUGCA